GCUCGGGCCCAUCUCGGGCAUUCAGUCUCGACGCUGCACGGACGGACGGACGGACGCAAUAUUACAGCACAACCGACCACAACGACGAGGACGACGUGUUGCGAAUGUCGCAUUGGAUUUUCGCCAUCAAAGGCGGCCGUUGGUUGCUAGCACUCUCGGUCACGGUCUAGGCAGGCAGCAGAAAUAGGGGACAACGGGAAACGUUCGGCCAAACCUUGGGGAGGGAGUGGGAGCAAAAUUUAACUGCGCACGUGUGUGUGUGCAUGUGAAGUGAACAUCGUGAACGCGGAGCCUUCUUGUGGGUGUUUUGGCUAAAGCGAGGCCGACGGAAAAACCGAAAAACCAAAAGUGAAAAAGCUCCGUCGCAAAAGCCCCCCCUUUUCCAGGCAGGACAACAUAACACGAAUGGGGCGUUGACGUGUGCGAAACCCCAAGAUCAAAGCGUGUCCAUCCACCGUUGUGGAUGGGUAAUCUGUGAUAAUAAAUCGGUCCUGUCGGGAUUGGACCCUUGAUUCGAUGUUUGAUGUCGGGAAAGCAGGCGUGAAAAGUGCGUGAAAACUGUGUGUGUGUGUGUGUGUGUGAUAUCGAAGAGCGAGAACCAGUAGUAGACCAUACGGACGCCCCAGCUCCCAGCUGUGGUUAUUAUUACAUCGCCCUUGUCUGCCCUGAGAAACAGGAUGCCGACAGGAUGAUACUUCCUUGUUGGUAAAUGUUGCCCCCGCCGUUCCCGUACUUGGCACCGUGCCAUAUGACCAGUGCACCAGUGCACACGCCAAGUGCCCCGGGGAGCCCCACAGCAGCAGCUAAUCGAUAUUCGAGCGGGUUCCGGUUGGCGAGCGAGUAGGAUAGAGCAGGACCGCUUGCAACACCAGCGGCCUCUCAUUUUUGUGCCGAAGCCAGUGGCUCACCAGCGGCACGAGGAGUUUCGGUGUCGGAAUUGACUCGUUUGUAUGGUCACAUAGAGAAGCAGAAAAACGGGGAGAUUAUCUUGGGAGUGCCAAAAACUGUGCGUGUGUGUGGAAAGUUUUGCGCGACUUCCGGUAAGACGGUUUGUCGAUUAUUCGUAGCUUAUCGUUGUCUGGCAGGAUUUUGUGAAUAGUAAAAUUAAAAAGCAUCCAGUCAUAAUCAAGGCGUUCAGGAGGUGUCCCCCAAAAGCUCGUGUAUCUCUGCGUCCGUGUGUGGUAUUGAUUCAACAGGACAAAACAUACACACAAACACACACUGUUCCGAGAUUUUCGGUCCUGAUUUGGAGUUGAGGACUUCAUCAGCAACAACACCCGACGGAACCGACGGACGACGCUACUAACCGGGUCAACUGGUCCGGUACCCAGUAGCCAGGCGUGCGACACAAGUUUAUUCCAGCCCUAGAACGCAUUAGCCCAGUCCCGUGGAAUACUCGUUACACAACUUAGCUGAGGAUUGACUACCCUAUUACCCGUAAACCAAAUCCGUCACAGGUAGUCCACAGAAGUCAAUUAGUGCCUUAUGGCCGGACUAGAUCUACUAUCGUAAUGGUGACAAAUCGAAAAAGAGCAGAAAAUGAAUUGACUACUCCACCCAGUGCGUCCCGAGCUCGAAUGGCGUCACAGAAAAGCACCGCCUCCACCUCCACCACCACACCGGCGCUAGCGGUAACGAACCGUAUCCUGCGCUCGCCGUCGCACGAAAGCUUCUCCACCGACCUGUCCCUGAUAUCGAUUUCCGUUUCGUCCAUGAACUCGGAGGCGACCAGCGUACUGAACCGGUCCAGCUGCAGCCUGCUCAACCGCACGAUGGAGGAAAAGCUCGGCAGCCUGCUCAAUCCAAAGGAUAGCAAAAGGAAUCGUAGGUCCUCCACCCUGACCGAGCGCUGGAACGAAAGUAACGAUCUCAUCCGGAACUGUGCCACACUGUCGGCCGCACUGGGCAUCCACAAGAGCUUCAGCACGACCGACAUCUAUCAGCUGCCCUCCGAUCAGCACCAACUUGGCCGACUGUCCUCCUCGGAGCUCGCGCUCACGCCCUUCCAGAAGGUCGGGUACCUUUUCGAUCACUCCCGGCUGGAGCAUGCGUCCCGCUCCUACUCGACCUGGGUAGCGGUCGGUGAGCUAGCGUCCACCUCGCAGCUUCCCUCCCCGCACGGUGGCCAAUCGGCCGGCCAGGUACCGACACUGACCACGACCAACCCGCCCGCACCGAGCUUCACCGUAACGGACCUGAUCAGCUCGGUCAACAAGAAGAUACGGCAGAACUACAUCCGCCGCCGGCUGUUCACGACCUACCGUGCGCUGGAGCGACUCUCCCAGAGCGAGUUCAACCUCGACCGGCUGGAGGCGGCCGCCUUUGCCGCCACCAAUCCGGGGCCAACCGAGCUGAUCGUACCCUCGACCAGCCUGUCCAAUGCGUCCGCCUCGCCCGUGGGUGGAAAAUCGACCAGCUCACCGGCACCACCGGGUGGUGGUGGUGGUGAGGCACUCGCGGAUCAUCCCGGUAAAAAGACAAGCGGAGGUGUUGCUCGCGGUGUACACCACGGUCCGAAGAAGCAUCUCACCUUCCACGACAUUGAGAACGAGCGGGGCAAACCACUGUCCAAGUACGAGCGGCACAUGCUCAUCUUCAACUGGCUGCACACCAUCGACGAUACGGCGCUCGAGAUCGAGAACUGAUCGCCGCAGGAGCUCCCGGGAGGAGGAGGAGGAGGACGACGUGACCCAAGUCUCUUCUGCACAAAAGAGUAAGAUUUAUUUACCCAUACUCACACAAAGAGAUAGAGAGAGAGAGGAGGAAGUAAAUGAGCCCAGAAUAAGUCCUCGUGCCCAACAAGUUUGUCUCGUCCUGCUUUUACAAAGUGUCACAAAGUGCAUUCGGAGUUCGUACGUGUGUUGUAGUUUACUUGAGGUUUAGCUGAUGUUUGGUGGAAAGGCCGUUAAGUGUACUCUUCACUUCUGUAAGGGGAAAGCUUCUUCUCUUUUGGAAUACUUCUUAUUAACUGUGUUAUUUUCUACUAAUCAGUGUGCAAUCAAGGGAAUACCUCCAAUGUAGGAAAAGCUACUUCUAUACGAUAUGUGAUGUCUUCUACGUAACGUAUUAAGUUAUAUUUGCUGUGUCACUUAGGAUUUUAGUUGAUCGGUUCCAGGAGAACUGCUUUUUCUUUUUUUUAUAAAUUAAAGGCAAAAGUGUAUAGGCACCUGCUUAGCACUCUUGUCCUUUUUCGCCGCAAACACAACCAUCUACAGUAAAGGCAAAUCGUCCCCAAAAAAUAUGAUGCCAAUUAAGCAGUUCAAAACGAUACAUAUAAAAUGUCUUCACAAGGACCGAAACCACGGGCGUAUCAUACACCCAGAAUACAUAUGUCUUCUUGAUGGUUAACGUUAAACACUCCCAAAACACUACCGCAGUUACAGUAAAAACCAAUUAUCAAAAAAGACUUAUCACUAAAAAAAAGACAACCAAAACAAACCAAACAAAAAACGGCAACCCAAACAGCAGUAACGUAGAGUGUAGUAACCGUAACGCGCAGUAACGUAACGCUUACUAAGAGGCGCUUGUUCGCUCGCUAUAACGUCGCUAAACGUGUCUGCAAUGCCGCAACAAACAAUUAACAAAUAAACGCAUAUAUUUUACGAAAAAGCUCCCUUUUCCACAUAUGAAUGUGCAUGUGGUUUGCUGCUGAACAGUAAACACAAAGCGAGCCAAAACCUUGUCACUGUUGAACGUACUAAAGUACUAUGUAAAGGGUAUAGAGACGCGGCGGCCUGUGUAGUGUGAGCGCUCUGCAGGUCAUCGGUGUUGUCGGUUACAGUUUUCCCGUUGUUGCCAUCGAUGUUUUUACUUGUUGUGAAGGAUUACAGGUUCUCAGAUUCCCCCCCCCCCCCCCCGUUCCCUUAAUCGUCCUAAAUGCGUGGUGGAAGCAUGCACUAGAGAUUCACUACCGCGCAGCAAUCCCCCCAUAUUUUGCCAUUUUUUGCCAUCGUUUUUCCACAAACGAACCACACGUCGCUGGUGAUUUGAUACCGUACUUCUUUACAUUAAAUAGACUUUAAUAUCGAUUAGAUAGAGCAGAUUUCACAUUUUUGGAUAGUAGAAAGACAGCGGUGGCGGCGGCAGGAGCGUCCGUGACAUGUUAAGUGGCUUUUUGCUUCAAAGUGGCAUAAUUUUAAACCUAACGAGGAACCAAUAAAAAUAAAAUAUAAUAAACCAAUAUGGCCAAUAAUAGGCACAGCGUGUGUGAAGAUGCAGCUUAAUGGUGCGAAUUGAUGAUGUGAGGCAAAAUAGAAAGAAAGUAUUGGCGCGAUGAGUAUAGGUUUUGCUGCAUGAAAGCUAAACGAGAUAAAGCAUUACACACUAGGAAAAAGACUAAAAUGAAUAAGAGACAGUUGGGUCAAAAAGAGAGCGGAUGAGCUUAUGUUGGUUGUUCGCCUGAUGUCGUAAAUCGGAACCCAUCCAUGUGAGCAUUAUUAAAUGUCGUACUAUGCUGCAACAAGUUUUACAGGCUAUCGUAUUGAAAAAAAAAAACACAAACAAACAAACAAAACUACCCUCUUAAUACUGCAAACAUACCAAUCGCGUACCCCGUGUAAAUAGGAAUCACUUAAAAAUAGUGGGAAAAACAAAUCUAACAAUAAAUUCUUACAACAUUCAAAACGGUGGUCUCAUCGG